UGCUGCAGAGACAAAAGGCACCUGGUCCCAAAUCAGUCCCAAAUUUGGGUUGUUGCACUUGGGGGUCAAAAUAAUCAGCCUAGUUGGUUGCUUCUUUGACAAGCUCCCCAUUUUCAUCUCACACCAAUCAUGACUACUUCCAUUUCCCACCAAUUCCAAAGAGGAAACCCACCGCAAAAAAAGAAAGCAAAAGCCUGAAAAAGCAUAGGAAAAUGAAUGGAAGACCAAUUAAGGGAAUGGGUAUUCAGCUAAGUUUUCAGUUAUUGAUAGCAAUUAUUACUGCUGUUCUAGUCAUUACAGCUUUGUCUAUGUCUAGAGGGAUUAGGGAAGCUCCAAAGUUAAUUGAGAAGGAGACCAAGAAAAGCUCAUUAUCUAGCUGCAAUUUCUAUUCUGGGAAAUGGGUAUUUGAUAACCAAUCUAUCCCUCUUUAUAAUGGGACAAAGUGUUCUUUCAUGGAUGAUGGAAUGGCUUGUGAGAAGUAUGGUAGAAAGAAUCUUGAUUAUCUUUAUUGGAAAUGGCAACCCAAUGAUUGUGACCUUCCAAGAUUUAAUGCCACGGCGAUGUUGGAGAAGUUGAGGAACAGACGGGUUGUUUAUGUGGGAGAUUCACUCAACAGGAAUCAAUGGGUUUCAAUGGUCUGCAUAUUAGAGUCACAAAUACCUAAUCGUCUCAAGUAUGUUCACUAUAAUGGCUCUUUGGUCACCUUUAAAGCUAUUGAAUACAAUGCUACUAUUGAUUUCUAUUGGGCACCAUUGUUAGUUGAAUCAAAUUGCGACGAUCCAUCGUAUCAUCGUGUGGACGAGCGCAUAGUGAGAGUCAAUUCUAUAGAGAAGCAUGCCAGAAUUUGGAAAGAUGCUGAUGUGCUUGUCUUUAAUUCUUAUCUAUGGUGGAGAUUGAAUUUGAAGGUUCUGUGGGGAUCUUUUGAUAGUGCAAAUGCAAAGUAUGAACAUUUGGGGAUGUUGCCUACAUACGAAUUGGGGCUACAGACAUGGGCAGAUUGGUUGGAAACUCAUGUUAACCGCACCAAGACUAAAGUUUUCUUUGUUAGCUUGUCACCCACUCACAGCAGGGGAGAAGAUUGGGGGAAGGCAAAUGGUCAGAAUUGCUACGACGAAGCAGAGCCAAAUUCUAAUGCAGCGUAUUGGGGAUCAGAUUCAGAUUCAGAAAUGAUGAAAUUGGUGGAAGUGGCCAUCCAGAAAUUGAAUGAGAAGAGUGGUCUCAAAGUAGAUUUGCUCAACAUUACUCAAUUGUCUGAAUACAGAAAGGAUGGCCAUUCAUCAAUCUACAGAAAGCACUGGGAUCCUCUGACCAAAGAGCAAUUGUCAAAUCCAAGUAGUUAUGCAGAUUGUAUACAUUGGUGCUUACCUGGUGUUCCUGAUGUUUGGAAUAACUUUUUAUAUGCAUAUCUUCUUUACUUGUGAUCCGUACAGAACAAGACUAGUUGGUACAAAAAUAGUAAAAAAAUAAAAUUAAUUUUUUCUUGAAAGGACUGAAUCACCCUAUUUCAUUCCUUUGCUAAACUGAUAGUCCAGGCUCAAUUAGAGCACUAAACCAUGCCGUUGAAGGGAAAAAAGCUUAUAUGUACAUGUUUAUACCAAAUCAAUGAAUGCAAGACUUGUGUUUGUAA